GUUUUUAGUUUCCUGGAGAGUUUAGCACCAAUAUAUAUGUAAAAAUAUUGUUGAUAACAGCUCAAGGAGAGACUGAGGAGAGACUGUUUCAAGUCUCCGAAGCUUCCGAUUAUAAGGAUAGGCAAAAUAUGGAAUUUCGAAUUUUUUUGAGAUGGCUCGCAGAAAUUAUCAAGUGGAAAGAAACAAACUAGAAGAGAAGGAUCCCACGUGGCUGAUGCAAAAAGGUCAAAUCCAACCGUUAGUUUCGUCUCUUGUAGUAUUGAACGUCGAAGGGGAGAGAAUUUUAGCGCGAUACACUGCAAAAGAGUUGUUUCCCACGUUUGAUGUCGAGAAGAAGUUUGAGGCAGAUCUGUUGAAGAAGUCUCAAACUAUUCCAGAUUUGGAAGAAAACACAGGGGUGUUCGAACACGGACAGCACAUAGUUGUUUGCAGAGCUUCGGAAGACUUGCUUUUCUUUGUUACUUCACGUAUAUAUGAAAAUGAAGUAAUAUUGUCAGAGGUCUUAACCUGCUGGGUUGAUUCACUGGUGAAAGUGCUGAAGAAUCUUCCUUUGAACGAGCUAAAUCUACUUCAACACUAUGAAGUUCUUUUGUUGUUGGUUGACGAGUUAGUCGAUCAAGAAGGCGUAAUUAUGGAAACCGAUGCUAACGAAUUAUCUAGUCGCACCGAGUUCGCCAUGUAUUCGACUGACCCUAGAGAUUUGAUUCCAGAGCUUACAGAACAAGGUUUCUCGCACGCUUUACAAACAGCAAAGCAACAUCUAGCCAGAACUAUUUUGAAGUAAAUAUUAAAAAACAAACAAAUAAAUUCAGCAAAAUGAUUUUCUGGAAUACUAUAUAUCUUUCUAUCUCUCAAACU